AUAUCCCACGCUGGUUAGUCGGGGCUGCUGAAGUGAGGCGGGAUUGUCUGAAGCGCAGCCCGGCGGGCACAGGGUGACCCGGAGCGGGUGUGUGCCCAAAUUGUACCCGCUACCGGGAGGAUGCUGAGCCGCUUGAUGAGCGGAAGCAGCCGCAGUUUGGAGCAGCAGUGUGUGUGCACCGUCAGGCUGCUGGACGACUCGGAGUAUACGUGCAACGUGCAGAAAGAUGCUAAAGGUCAGCAACUGUUUGAUUUCCUGUGCCACCAUCUGAAUUUGCUGGAGAAAGACUACUUCGGAAUUCGCUACGUGGACCCGGAGAAGCAGCGACACUGGCUGGAAUUUACAAAAGGAAUUGCUAAGCAAAUGAGAGCUCGGCCCCCAUAUGUAAUGUGCUUCAGGGUAAAGUUUUAUCCCCCGGAUCCAGCAGCUCUGAAAGAAGAAAUCACUCGGUACUUGGUUUUCCUACAAGUAAAGAGGGAUCUGUACCAUGGGCGGUUACUGUGUAAAACCUCUGAUGCUGCCUUGCUUGCUGCCUAUAUACUGCAGGCUGAAAUUGGGGAUUAUGACCCUGGGAAACACCCAGAAGGGUACAGCUCCAAGUUCCAAUUCCUCCCUAAACACUCAGAGAAGCUGGAGCGCCGGAUCGCCGAGAUUCACCGGAAUGAACUGAGUGGCCUGAACCCUGCAGCAUCUGAGCUGUGUUUUCUGAGGAAAGCUCAGACCCUGGAGACAUACGGAGUUGAUCCCCACCCAUGUAAGGAUGCCUCUGGGAAUUCUGCAUUUCUUGCCUUUACCCCUUUUGGAUUUAUCGUGUUGCAGGGGAAUAAGAGAGUCCAUUUUAUAAAAUGGGGUGAUGCCACAAAAAUGAAAUUUGAAGGGAAAACAUUUAAUUUGUAUGUGAGAGAGAAGGAGGAGAAGCGCCUGGUGCUCACAUAUGUGGCUCCAAAUCCAGAGGCAUGCAAACACCUGUGGAAAUGUGGGGUGGAAAAUCAGUCAUUCUACAAAUUAGAAAACUCCAACCAAGUUCGCACAGUUUCCAGCAGUAACUUAUUCUUUAAAGGCAGCCGUUUUCGAUACAGUGGUAGAGUCGCUAAGGAAGUUAUGGAAUCAAGUGCCAUGAUCAAGAGAGACCCACCUGAAAUCCACAGGGCGGGGAUGGUGCCAAGCCGCAGUUGUCCUUCAAUCAGUCACGGGCUAAGAUUGAGCAGUGUGCCCCGCACACGAAGAAGGGCUGUACAUAUAUCCAUCAUGGAAGGUCUGGAGGCUCUCCGUGACAGCGCUCAUUCAACUCCUAUUCGCUCCUCUGAUCAUAUGGAUGCUUUCUCACCUCAUGCUUCUCAAGAGACAGUGAUCAGCGAUGAAGCCUACACCCCAAGCUGCAGCAUCCUUCCCACUCCUGUCAGUGAGCCUAGCUUGGAGCUGACUAUUGGGCAGCAGAUGAAUGGUGCUUCGUGCAGCCCACAGAAUGAAGAUAGUGAAGUGGCAUCAACCCCUGUCUCUGAUGCAGAGAUUCCUCCUCCAGCACUACCUGGCCUUGAGGGAGCCAGCCCUGUCGAUUCUGAGCCAGAGCAGGCAAAUAAGUUUCUGCAAAGUGUUUUUCGACUGCUGGCAGUUACAUUCUUUCUACUGUUGGCGCUGCUACUACUGCUCGUUAUAUUGGCAGAGUCCGAGCUGGAGUUGGCGUUUUUACGGGACAUUCGGCUUACGCCCGAAUUUCAGCAGUUUCACUAUCAAUACUUCUGUCCCUUACGGCGAUGGGUAUCUUGCAAACUGCACCCUUUUCUGCGCCUCAUUGACUCCUGAGGGCGUAACAAGAAUGCUGUGAGCCCUCUGUGAUCUAGAGGCGUGCUGUCUUCCAGUGUCCUCCCUUUCUCACCCUCUCUUGGCUCACAAGUCCUUGGCUGGAUGCAAGAAAAAUAAUGCUGUGCUGGGGGUUGGGUGGGCUUAUAUGUAUAGUGGCUACUUAGGAAUUCAAACUGUGAUGGGGGCAAAUUAUGCUCCAAAUACAGUGGUUUCCAAACCUCUCCCUCUCCCAACAGUGCAUGAUAUCAAGUUAUUCAUACAGCAUUACAGUGUGGUGAUCAAAAAUGCUCAUUCAUUGGUUGAACCAGCACCUUGGAUACUAUGUUAGGGUAAAGCACUGCAGAAGGCACCUGAGGAUAAGGUUGUUUCCUUUUUUUAUUGGAACACAAACAAAAGGUGCUGCAGGCAGGUUAUUGGUUUGUCAGAUGCAUGUGGCAGUGUUACACAAAAUCCACUGUAGCCUGCGGCAUCCAUCUGAACUGACUAGCAAUCAGCCUGGCAGGAAAGGAGUUACAAGAGUGAUGGGAUGACAGCCCUAACCGAGGAGGAGUUUGGAAACCACAGUCCUGAAACAGUACAAUAUGUGCAUGAGGAAUUCCAUCUGCUCUGGGUUCAUUACAAGCUUCGCCGUUUCAUACAUAUUCAUUUGUUUGCUGCCAGCUCAGCUCCAGGAAAUAUCUAGGCUUGGGCUAUUCCAGCUCAGGUUCAUGUCAGAGAAGGAAAUUGCUACACAAUGCAUCCAGUCAGAAAUAUGGACACACAUUGUAAUGCCUGAAAUGGGAUGUAAAUACCUUUGCUCAGCCAUUGCUCACCCAGGACUACAGCUCCCUGCAUACUUUAUGUGAUUAUAUAGGGUUACAGAAACCUGGGAGCUGUAGUCCUGCAACACCAAGGAUGACAGUUUAAGGCAAUAGAAGUUAAUAAAUUAUUUCCCAAACUCUCCAGGAUAGUGGUCAAGGUUAUAACACAAGAGGGUACUCCAGUGAGAAUUGCCCACUGUGCAUGCCCCCAGCUUCUUGUUUGUUAUUCCUGCAAUCAGAGCUGUAAAGUGGUGCUUCACCUUUAAGUCAACUUUUAGUAUGUUAUAUAACAUAUAUGUCAAACACAAGGCCCGGGGGCCAAAUCCGGCCC